CGCAUGCGCGUUCUUGCAGUUACAAAGCAAAAUAUUUUUUGAGGUUGUGUUGUGUGCGAACGAACUACAAAAACUCACAAUUCUUGAAAGAUGUCGGCCCGAUAUGAUAGAGCCAUCACCGUGUUCUCCCCCGACGGCCACUUGCUCCAAGUAGAAUACGCCCAGGAGGCCGUCCGCAAAGGUUCCACAGCGGUCGGCGUCCGCGGGGCCAACGCCGUCGUCCUGGGCGUCGAGAAGAAGUCCGUUGCUAAACUCCAAGAAGAACGCACCGUUCGCAAAAUCUGCCUUUUAGACGAUCACGUAGUUAUGGCAUUCGCUGGCUUGACCGCGGAUGCCCGUAUUUUGAUAAACAGGGCACAGAUCGAGUGCCAGUCGCACAAGUUGACAGUAGAGGACCCCGUCACGCUCGAGUACAUCACGCGGUAUAUUGCGGGCUUGAAGCAGAAGUACACACAGAGCAACGGGCGCAGACCGUUCGGGAUCUCUUGUUUGAUCGGGGGGUUCGAUUACGACGGGAAGCCGCACUUGUAUCAGACCGAGCCGUCGGGGAUUUAUUACGAGUGGAAGGCGAAUGCGACAGGGAGGUCGGCGAAGACCGUGCGGGAGUUCCUGGAGAAGUACUACACGACGGAGGAGGUGGCCACAGAAGCGGGGACGGUGAAGUUGGCGAUACGCGCGCUGUUGGAGGUGGUGCAGUCGGGGCAGAAGAACUUGGAAAUUGCCGUUAUGAGACACGGAGAGCCUUUGGUGAUGCUGGAUAGUGACACCAUUGAGAAGUGUGUUACGGAGAUCGAGAAGGAGAAGGAGGAGGAGGCGGAGAAGAAGAAGCAGAAGAAAUGAGAACAAGUGUGAACUGUUUGUUUCUUAGGCCGCAUUGUGUUAAAUAUAAAUUUUUUCAUUAAAUAUUUUUCAGAAAGUGA